GACCUGGCGGCGCAGUCUCGCGGGAUCGCUGAGUUCUCGCUCCCCGUGCGGCUCCGGCGGCGGCUCGAGUCCGGGACACUCCCCGGAGCCGUCUGAGGUCGCGGGGGGGACGGUAGGCUGAACAGGGACGGGGAGGUAAAGUGGCCUUCGACCGUCGCCCAAGUAAUUGACCCAGGACCCAUUUUCAGGAAAACAGCUUCCUUCAAAAUGAUAAAAUAAUGAAAUGAGGAAUAUGAACAGUUUAUCUUUGGAUGAAAAUCUUCUGAGCAUAAAAAGAGGGAUUAAAACAAACCAUGUGGUAAAAUCAGAAAUUUGAAGAACAUGGAAAUGUUUUCAUUUUUGUUGACAUGUAUUUUUCUGCCCCUCAUAAGAGGGCACAGUCUCUUCACCUGUGAACCAAUUACUGUUCCCAGAUGUAUGAAAAUGGCCUACAACAUGACAUUUUUCCCUAAUCUGAUGGGUCACUAUGAUCAGGGUAUUGCUGCUGUGGAAAUGGAGCAUUUUCUUCCUCUUGCGAAUCUGGAAUGUUCACCAAAUGUUGAAACUUUCCUUUGCAAAGCUUUUGUACCAGCCUGCACAGAGCAAAUUCAUGUGGUUCAACCUUGUCGUAAAUUUUGUGAGAAAGUAUAUUCUGAUUGCAAGAAAAUAAUUGACACUUUUGGGAUCCGAUGGCCUGAGGAACUUGAAUGUGACAGAUUAAAAAACUGUGAUGAGUCUGUUCCUGUAACUUUUGAUCCACACACAGAGUUUCUUGGUCCUCAGAAGAAAACAGAACAAGUCCAAAGAGACAUUGGAUUUUGGUGUCCAAGGCAUCUAAAGACUUCUGGGGGACAAGGCUAUAAGUUUCUGGGAAUUGAUCAAUGUGCACCUCCAUGCCCCAACAUGUAUUUUAGAAGUGAUGAGCUAGAGUUUGCAAAAAGUUUUAUUGGAAUAGUUUCAAUAUUUUGUCUUUGUGCAACUCUGUUCACAUUCCUUACUUUUUUAAUUGAUGUUAAAAGAUUCAGAUACCCAGAGAGACCGAUUAUAUAUUACUCUGUCUGUUACAGCAUUGUAUCACUUAUGUACUUUAUUGGAUUUUUGCUAGGCAAUAGCACAGCCUGCAAUAAGGCAGAUGAUAAGCUAGAACUUGGUGACACAGUUGUUCUAGGUUCUCAAAAUAAGGCUUGCACUGUUUUGUUUAUGUUUUUGUAUUUUUUCACAAUGGCUGGCACUGUGUGGUGGGUGAUUCUUACCAUUACGUGGUUCUUAGCUGCAGGAAGAAAAUGGAGUUGUGAAGCCAUUGAACAAAAAGCAGUGUGGUUUCAUGCUGUGGCAUGGGGAAUACCAGGCUUUCUGACGGUUAUGCUUCUUGCUAUGAACAAAGUUGAAGGAGACAACAUUAGUGGAGUUUGCUUUGUCGGCCUUUAUGACCUAGAUGCUUCUCGCUACUUUGUACUCUUGCCACUGUGCCUCUGUGUGUUUGUUGGGCUGUCUCUUCUUUUAGCAGGCAUUAUUUCCUUAAAUCACGUUCGACAAGUGAUACAACAUGAUGGCCGGAACCAAGAAAAACUAAAGAAAUUUAUGAUUCGAAUUGGAGUCUUCAGUGGCCUGUAUCUCAUGCCAUUAGUGAUACUUCUUGGAUGUUACGUCUAUGAGCAAGUGAACAGGAUUACCUGGGAGAUAACGUGGGUCUCUGAUCAUUGUCGUCAGUACCAUAUCCCAUGUCCUUAUCAGGCAAAAACAGAUGCUCGACCAGAAUUGGCUUUAUUUAUGAUAAAAUACCUUAUGACUUUAAUUGUUGGCAUCUCUGCUGUCUUCUGGGUUGGAAGCAAAAAGACAUGCACAGAAUGGGCUGGGUUUUUUAAACGAAAUCGCAAGAGAGAUCCAAUCAGUGAAAGUCGAAGAGUGCUACAGGAGUCAUGUGAGUUUUUCUUAAAGCACAAUUCUAAAGUUAAACACAAAAAGAAGCACUGCAAACCAAGUUCACACAAGCUGAAGGUCAUUUCCAAAUCCAUGGGAACCAGCACCGGAGCUACCACAAAUCAUGGCACUUCUGCAGUAGCAAUCACUAACCAUGAUUACUUAGGACAAGAAACUUUGACAGAAAUCCAAACCUCUCCAGAAACGUCAGUGAGAGAGGUGAGAGCAGACAGAGCAAGCACCCCCAAGUUAAGAGAACAGGACUGUGGUGAACCUGCCUUCCCAGCAGCAUCCAGCUCCAAACUGUCUGGGGAACAGGCUGAUAGGAAAGGCCAGGCAGGCAGUGUGAACGACAGGAACAGUGUGUCUGAAAGUGCUCGGAGUGAAGGAAGGGUAAGUCCAAAGAGUGAUACUGCUGAAACUGGCCUGGUGCAGAACAACAACUUGCAGGUCCCCAGUUCUUCAGAGCCAAGCAGCCUCAAAGGUUCCACAUCUCUACUUGUCCACUCAAUUUCAGGAGUGAGAAAAGAACAGGGAGGUGGUAGUCAUUCAGAUACUUGAAAAACAUUUUAUCCUGUUACUUAGAAUCAAAUCUGCAUUACACUGGAGAUGACCAAUGCACUGUUUUAUAAGAAUCACUGUUACCUUCUUUUGCACUUAAAGCUGCAUUGCCUACUAUUAUACUGGAAAAAAUAGAUUUCAUGAAUAAUACAAUUCAUUUCACACAAAGGUUAAUGACAGCAGCAUACCUGAAAACAGAAAUGUGUAGGUUAAUAAUAUUUUUUAAAUUGUGUGGGAGGAGACACUUAGAGGAAUCUUCCUUCUCUAUUUAUGAAGAUUCUACUCUUGUUAAAAGUAUUUUGAGAUAUACUAUACUAUUUUACUUUUUUGAUAUAAAAUCAAGAUUUUUCUUUGAAGUAUUUAAAACAUCAUUAUAUCUUUUUAUAUAUAUUUGAAAAUAAGCUUAUAUGUAUUUGAACUUUUUUGGGAAAUCCUGGAAAAUCUCAAAUAUUUUUAUUAUGUUACUCUGAUAUUUUAGCCUGCUUUGGUAGCUUUCACACUGAAUUUCUAAGAAAAUUGGAAAAUCGUAUUCUUUUACAGUAUAAAAAAUAUUUGACACACCAAAACAUUGUAUAAUAGAAAUUCAACUUUAAAAACCUUCUUACUCCUACCUUACCGUCCAACAUGUGUGAAUUUUAUAAAGUCUUACUGUUUUAGGAAUUUCACAGAUUAUGCGGCUGAAAUAAGGUGCUUACUGGAAGUGUCCAAUAUUGAUUGUAUUGUGCUGCUCACUGAUUCUUCUGCAUUUUAAAAAUAGAAUGUCCUGAAGGAUUAGUAGAUGAAAUGUUAGUCUUUUGUAAAUUAAGCCAAGUGCAAUUGAUUUCCUUUUUUUAAUGUUUCAUAACCACCCAAGAUUGUAUUGUAACCACUUACAGUUGAUUACACUUUCCCUUUGUUUUGACUUUUGUUUUUUUAGAAUACUACAACACUUUGUAUUGUACAGUAUCUUUCUCAAACAUUAUGUAGAAUUUAUUUCUGCAGCUUAGUAGGAUUUUGCUGAACAUUCAAAAGUAUGAUGGCAAUAUUAGUGCCAAUGAAAUAGAAAAAAAUGUAGUCUUGAUAAACAAAACAAUAUAUAUUUUUUACAACAUACUUUUAAAUAUUAACGAAUUUUCUUAAUUUUGUUUCCCAUUAAGUAUUAUUCCUUGAACAAGGUUUUCUAACACUUUGGGCUUUUUCUCUAUUUAGUAUCUUGCUUCCCCCCCCCCCACUAUCUGUUACAGCAUAAAAAGAAAAUUAUCAUGUACUGUAUGGAAAAUGUUGUAAAUAUUAACUUUUCCACAUUUUUAAGCAGAUAACUUUAUAUACAAAAAUGUUUUGUGUUAUCUUUUUAUUAAUAAAAUUUUCUUUGUAUAA